CAUUCCCAGCACCAAAUCAGCCAUUAUUCUUCAGCUAAACGCGUACUCGUCUAGCUCCGGCCUGCCUCAGCUGAAACCUUACCUUGCUUUAUGUCUACUUAUAUAUUUUGUGUAGAAGUUGCUUAAUUUAGUACUCCAAAAUGAGCGCCAAGAACCUCAGCAAUACGGGGACGUGGUAGAUCAGGCAAAGGGCCGGCUUCAGAAGAGUUUGAAAUAUCAGUACGUACGUACGUGCUCAUAUUUACUUCAUCGAUCAGAGAAUGAACGGCAAAAAAGGUAGCAUCGAGAUCAAUAUCCAGUCAGCGACCAAAGCCAAACUGCCGGAGGUCUGCAAGAACUCCGGUGGGAUAAUUGGCUUCUCGUGCAAAGCCUUUUUUUGGAAUGUAUGGGAAUUUUGCAAAGAAGACGUCAACAGGGUAUUAUUCUCACUUAAAGUGGGCCUAUCUGUUCUUCUUGUGUCUUUGCUUAUACUGCUCCAAGCACCUUAUGAAGCAUUUGGUACCAACAUCAUCUGGUCCAUCCUCACCGUUGCUAUCAUGUUCGAAUAUACAGUCGGUGCAACAUUUAAUAGAGGAUUCAACCGAGCACUUGGAAGCUUGCUUGCUGGAAUCUUGGCCAUCGCUGUGGCUCAGUUAGCUCUAUGCACCGGCCGGGUUACUGAGCCUUUCAUAAUUGGAACUAGCAUUUUUCUGAUUGGGACUGUCACAUCGUUCAUGAAAUUAUGGCCAUCACUUGUGCCAUAUGAAUAUGGGUUCAGGGUCAUACUUUUCACCUUUUGCUUGAUCAUCGUCUCUGGUUACCGGAUGGGAAACCCUAUUAGGACUGCCAUGGAUCGGCUGUACUCAAUAGCCAUUGGAGCGUUUGUGGCUGUCCUGGUCAACGUUCUUGUUUUUCCAAUUUGGGCUGGAGAGCAGUUACACAAGGAGCUAGUUAACAGUUUCAAUGCAGUGGCGGACUCUCUUCAAGAAUGUGUGAAGAAAUAUUUGGAAGACGAAGGAUUAGAGCAUCCAGAAUUCUCAAAGACUGUCAUGGAUGAGUUUUCGGACGAGCCUGCUUAUAAGAAAUGCCGAAGCAUCUUGAACUCCUCCUCAAAACUAGAGUCCUUGGCUAGUUCCGCCAAAUGGGAGCCACCACAUGGGAGGUUCCGACACUUCUUCUAUCCUUGGUCAGAGUACGUUAAAGUUGGAGCAGUUUUACGAUAUUGUGCUUACGAGGUUAUGGCACUUCACGGUGUGCUGCACUCUGAAAUUCAGGCACCCUACAACCUCCGAAUCACAUUCCAGUCAGAAAUUCAAGAAGCAGCAAACCAGGCUGCAGAACUGUUGAGGGUUUUGGGCAAAGAUGUCAAUAACAUGAAGCGACGCCUGAAAAGCUCUUUACUAAAGAGGGUUCACAGCUCAACCGAGAGACUCCAACGAGCCAUAGACAUGCAGUACUCUUAUCUUCUGACAUCCAUUAAUAGUACUGACCCCUCAGACAAUUAUUCCAAGCCAUUACCAAAGCUCUCUAUUUCCUUGUCAUCCAACACCCCCUACGACCUCUCAAGCCAAUUGACCGAUCUUGAGAACAACAGCCUCGAAAAAACUGCGAACCCACCACCCUCGGGGACUCUUUCAAUACUGGCACGCACCGAGUCUUAUCAUGAGACAAUGAGGAAGCAAUCCAGAAGGAUGCAUUCUUGGCCACCUAGAGAGGUAGCCGUUUUUGAAGAAGAGGGAGGUCUAGGUUCAGACAUUUUGCCUAGGAUGAAUGCAUUGGAGAGCACUGCUGCAUUGUCACUGGCCACCUUUACUUCCUUGCUUAUUGAGUUUGUGGCUAGACUCGAUCACUUGGUUGAAGCAGUUGAUGAACUUUCUAAUAAGGCAAAGUUCAAGCAUGAAGGAUUCUAGCUAGUUGGAAAGAGGCCGUCUACAUUUACAUGAGGUUUUGAUAUCAUGUUAAUAAUGAAACGACUAAGAACAUGGGAAAAGAACAGAAAAUCCCCAUAUAAGAGGGAUAAGAGGGGCUCUAGGAAAUGUUUUCUUCAGAGGUAAAUAAAUUUCUAAUUUUAAAAAAGAAAUA